UUUCUUCUUCUUAUUUCUCUUCUCCUCCUCCUCCUCUCUCUCUCUUCUCUCUCUUCUCCAUCCUCUCCUCGCCCGGCUUCACCCGCACAACCGUUACUACCUACUCACGGUCUUAUCCGCCGCGUCAUAGACCCGGACCCUCUCCAGCCACAGCCGGCGCCACGAUUCGACCCUAAAUCCUAAAACUAAAACUUCCAACGCUUCGGACCUCGUAAAGGCUUACAUCAUCCUCCUUUGUCCGACGAGAGGCUUUUCCUCUCACAUCAGGAAAAGAGAGGCUCCUUGUUUCCCGCCCGCUUUCCCUCUCUUCAUCUUCUUCUGAUUGUCCCUCGUUUCUCUCGUCUCUCCCUCUCCUCCUCCUCCUCUCUCCUCCUUAUCCUCCCCAAUCCCUCCAAUCAUGGCACGGCUAGCUGCCCAUCUCCUGCUCGCCUCCUCCCUGCUCUCCCUCGCUGCCGCGGACGGCACCCUUCGCUGGGACAUUCAGAAGAACCACGAUGUCCAGGCUGCACAGCUCAAGGCCCGCUCUCUGGCUCUGCAACGCCGCGCACUCGGCGAGAGAGCCGACACUCUGACUGCCACCCUGGACAAUUCCAUCCAAGCCGGCCUCUACUCCGCGAACAUCAGCGUGGGCACGCCCGCCCAGUCCCUGAGCGUCCAGAUCGAUACGGGCAGUUCCGAUGUGUGGAUUCCUAGUUCCCAGGCCUCCAUCUGCUCCGACGAGAAGGACGGCGGUUGUCCCGGUGGUAGCUUUGAUCCAACCUCGUCUUCCACCUACGUAGAUGUCGAGCCGGACGGAUUCAAUAUCUCCUAUGUCGACGGGACCGGAUCCACGGGCGAUUACUUCCAAGAUACGUUUGCCAUCGCAGGCGGCGAGGUCAAGAAUUUCCAGAUGGGCUUGGCAACCAACACCUCGAUUGGUAUCGGGAUUAUGGGCAUUGGAUAUAACUCUUCCGAGGCUAAUGUCGACACGGGUAAUGGAACCAUCUAUCCUAAUCUGCCCUAUGCGCUGGCCAACGCGGGCUUAAUCAACGCAAAUGCCUACAGUCUCUGGCUGAAUGAUCUCCAAGCAACCUCAGGAUCUGUCCUCUUUGGUGGUGUGGACACGGCCAAAUACACCGGCGAUCUCAUCUCGAUCAAAGUCUACCCCUCCUCAUAUUCCAACCGCGUUACAUCCUUCACCGUAGCCUUCACCUCCCUGUCUGCGACUUCCAGCUCCGGAACGGACCAGCUCACCCCCUCCAACUAUGCCGAAGCCACGAUCCUCGAUUCCGGAACCACCAUCACGCUCCUCCCCGACGACGUCGCGCAGGCUGUCUUCGAUGAGCUCGGAGCGACCGUCUCCAACGAACUCGGCGCCACGAUCGUGCCCUGCAGUCUCGCAUCUAACCCCGGGACGCUGAACUAUGGUUUCGGUGGCCCGGGAGGACCCGUCAUCAAAGUAUCCAUGGAGCAGCUCGUCCUCCCCCUGACGCUACCGAACGGCAAGACCCCCACGUACUCCAACGGCGAGUCCGCUUGUCAACUAGGCAUCCAAGCUGCGGGUGACCUGCCCGUUCUCUUCGGCGACACGUUCCUGAGAUCCGCCUACGUCGUCUACGAUCUGGACAACAACCGCAUUGCUCUGGCGCAGACGGAUUUCAACUCCACCGAUUCCCACGUGGUCGCCUUUCCCUCUUCCGGUGCCCCGAUCCCUUCAGCGACGAGCGCCGCGAACGAGGAUCAGGUCACGCAGACAGCCUCAGCCGUGCCCAAGGUAGGCGGCGGCAGCGCCGCGGGGAGCGGGACCACGGUGACGUUCAACCCCACGGCCACGGGCUUCUCAGCAGCCAGCGGAUUCGGCUCGAGCGCGCCCACGAGCACCGGCGGGGGCAAGAAGAGCGCGGGACCCAGCGGGCCAGAGCCGUUCCGCUGGGCGCCAGUGUUUGUCCUUGGCGCUACCUUGGUUGGCAUGCUUGCCGGGACGGGCAUCUUCGCACUACUGUAAUGUGGAAGGCUUUCGAGUUUCCUCCUAUAUAUAUAUAAUAUGAUAUUGACAAGCGUCUUGGCCUACCUAGCAGGCUCUUUCUUCGCUCUUUAAUAUAUUAUAGCCCCUCCUCCUUCCUCAAAGAUCAGCGAGAAAGAAGCUCAAGGAACCCCAACCCCAACCCAAUCCCCCCUUUUCACAAAAGAACGAAAGAAACCAAUCUGCAUGACAUCACAUUGCAUAUGCAUAUUGCAUAGCGAGGCCCUACGGCCAAACAUCAGAACAGGCGGGCGGGCGGCAUGAAAUCACAAUACAAUACAUGUAGUAAAAUCCUUAAUUAACC